AUGGAUGAUGUGUGUGAGAACUUUGCACAGGUGCUGUGGAACUACCUUCAGAUGCACCACCCCCUCACUCAGAGUGAUGUGAUAAUUGGCCUGGGCUGCCAUGAUACUCGGGUUGCGGAGCGAUCAGCCAGCCUGUUCCUGGAGGGAUGGGCUCCCUGGCUGUUGUUUACAGGGUACCUGGGGAACCAGACUGCAGGUGUCUGGCAGCGUCCAGAAGCUGAAAUCUUCACCGAUGUUGUUGUUAAAAUGGGAGUCCCCAGGGACAGAAUAUUGCUGGAGACUGGAGCUACCAAUACAGGGGAGAACGUCAGGUUUUCUUUUCAAGUACUAAUGGAGCAAAGUAUUCCAGCUUGUAGGGUAAUACUGGUCCAGCAGCCAUUCAUGGAGCAGCGGGUGUACGCAACCUUCCUGCAACAGUGGCCUGGAGAGAACACACAAGCCAUCGUCACCUCCCCCAAGGUCCAGCUCCAAGGCUUCUCCAACUGCCAAGUGGGCAGCAUGCAGGACCUCAUUAGAUACAUGUUAGGUAAUAGGAAAGCUUCACCUUGGUGGCGCAGCCAUCCACUAGCGCCAAAGUGCCUUUCAACACCGGCUGCUGGAGACAAGCGAGGUCUCAGACUAGUCCUCAAUGCACCUGAACCUACAUCACAACACUGGCACAACAGAGACCUGAGAGAGGCGCAGGACUGA